AUGCAGCAGCAACAACAACAGUUGGGUUUUGAAGAAUCUUCAAAUAUUGGUAGCAAUAGGGUGAGUCUAUUGAUUCGUCACCUUCCAGAAGCCAUUCCUGAGGAGACCCUGUUUCGGCUGUUGUCCCACUAUGGUGCUUCUUCUGUGCGCUCUUGCUCUGCUACUGGCCGGUUGAGGAACUGCGCAUUUGUAGAUUUCCAAAAUGAAGGCUUGGCUUACCAAGCACAGCGUCAGUUGAACGGGCUGAGGUUUCUUGGUAAGGUCUUAAAAGUGGAGAGGGCGACCGCUAAUAAUGAUAAGCCAUCGCAGGCUGCUAACAAGGAUUCUCUUUCUAUAACCGCCACUUCCAAAUCAUCUUUGGUCCACAAUCCUACCAUCAAUAGAGAUAUUCAAGAAACUGAAGUCUCAAGAUCAGAGCCCAUUGCCCCUAGGCUUGGUGUAGACUAUCCCUUUCCUCCUCACCUUGAGUAUGCUUACCCGCCACCAGAUGGAAAUAUACUGACCAACAUUGUAAAUGCUCUUAUCGCCGUUCCUCGAUUUUAUACACAGGUUUUGCACUUGAUGAACAAAAUGAAUAUACCAGCUCCAUUUCGUAUGGCUCUUCCCUCUCCACCGCUACCACCUUCAGUACCCGUGCCACCACCACCUCCCCCUCCUCUAGCUGCAAAGCCUCCCUCAGCAGAUUUAUCAAGUGAAGAGUCAGAAAUGGAGUCUUCAGACGAGGAGGUUGAUGGAAAACCCUCGAGCGGAACUUCAAGAGGACGGAAGCGUGUCAAACGAGAAGCUAUUGUUGGUCCCGCAGUUGAUAAAGAUGUAGCUCAUGAAGAUGUUGGAUUGAAACCAGCUAUUCUGGUCCCUAAAGAGAGGCCAAUGAUAAAAAAGAAGAACCCUAUCGUACAGAUAAAAAUUGCCCCCAAAGUUGUUAACAAUGAACAUAAAGAUGAUAGCAUUACCAAAGACUCAGAGCAUCCAAAAAAUGAGAGUUCAGAUAUUAACUCUUUUGCAACUCCAGAAGAACUAGAAAGAGGAAAGUUGCCUCCAGAAGAAAUAUUAUCGCUGCCGAUGUUUAAGAACUAUGCAGCUGGGAAUCCUGCCUCUGUGUUGUAUAUAAAGAACCUGGCAAAGGACAUCGUUGCUGAUGACUUCUACUACAUAUUUGGGUCAUUAUUUGGAAGCGUUGAUGCAGCCAAAUCUGGUCUCAGUCUAAAGCUUAUGCAAGAAGGAAGAAUGAGGGGCCAAGCUUUCGUGACAUUUCCAUCAGUUGAACUAGCCCAUUAUGCUUUGAAUCUAGUGAAUGGGUAUGUAUUCAAAGGCAAACCAAUGAUCAUCCAGUUUGGCCGGAAUCCUGCAGUGGGCAAAGCAAAUUAA